AUGGCCUAUGUCCCUGCACCAGGCUACCAGCCCACAUAUAACCCGAGUCUGCCCUACAACCAGCCCAUCCCAGGUGGCCUCAGCAUUGGAAUGUCUGUUUACAUCCAAGGAGUGGCCAAGGAGCAUAUGAAGCGAUUCCACGUGAACUUCGCAGUGGGGCAGGACGAAGGGGCAGACGUUGCCUUCCACUUCAAUCCCCGCUUUGAUGGUUGGGACAAAGUGGUCUUCAACACUAAGCAGGGCGGCCGAUGGGGUGAUGAAGAAAAAAAGAGAAGCAUGCCCUUCAAAAAGGGGGACCACUUCGAGCUGGUGUUCCUGGUCAUGGCUGAGCACUACAAGGUAGUGGUAAAUGGAAACCCCUUCUAUGAAUUUGGGCACCGGCUGCCCCUACAGAUGGUCACCCACCUGCAAGUGGAUGGGGACCUGGAACUUCAGUCAAUCAAUUUCCUUGGAGGCCAGCCUGUGCCACAUCAGGGGCCCAUGACUAUCCCAGCUUACUCUGGUCCUGGAUACUACCCUCCACAAAUGAACAGCUUGCCUAUGAUGGUAGGACCACCAACCUUCAAUCCGCCUGUGCCAUAUGUUGGGAGACUGCAAGGAGGGCUUACAGCCCGAAGAACAAUCAUAAUCAAGGGCUAUGUACUCCCCACAGCCAAGAGCUUUGUCAUCAACUUCAAGGUGGAGUCCUCCGGGGAGCUGGCUCUGCACAUCAACCCCCGCAUAGGUGAAGGUGUGGUUCGGAACAGCUUUCUGAAUGGCUCAUGGGGCUUUGAGGAGAGGAAGAUCGCAUACAACCCAUUUGGCCCUGGCCAGUUCUUUGAUCUGUCCAUUCGCUGUGGUAUGGAUCGCUUCAAGGUUUUUGCCAAUGGCCAGCACCUCUUUGACUAUGCCCAUCGACUUUCAGCCUUCCAGAGGGUGGACAUGGUAGAAAUCCAGGGUGAUGUCACCUUGUCCUAUGUCCAGAUCUGA